AUGACAUCUUAAGAUAUACAAUAAUUAUUGGAUUUCUUAUUUAAAAUUUCCAUAAAAAGAUGGGAUUGUGUAAUUUUAAUUUGGAAGCUAUUGCAAAUACUUAACUAUACCUUCAUGUUUCUUAUAUGGUGGAUUGGUUAAAAUGUAAUAUUAUUUUUACUACUUUAAGUAUUUUUUAGUUCUCUCAAAAAGAGAUGUUUCAAAUUUGAGUUACAUACAGUGUGAUGUUUCUCUUCCUUUUGGAUCAAAAGAACAUUUAAUUUGGAUUAUCUCCUUCAUUAACCCAGGUAUUUAAAUUAGAAAACAUUUUUUGUUAUUUAAUCAAUGA